GUAUUAAGGUAAAAUGAGGUGAAUUCAAAAUGUUUGUAAAGACACAUAACGCGGUGUUAUUGAUUUGAGAUUCAAAUUUGAGAGAUUCCAACGGUAAAGUAAUUUUCAUUCGCUCGUUCUCUGCGAACUGCAUCAUCCAUCGUGUUUCUCUUCCAAACCUCAAUGGUUACUCUCAAGGUAAAAUCCAGAUUGGGCUCAACACGACCCUCUGAAUCGCGUCCAACUGUGGGUGGUGGUAAGAAUUUCAAGGUUUUUUCCGAAAAUGAUCGGAUUCAAGUUGGUGAUGGGUCUACCAUGACAUCUGUGAGAGAAGUUGGCGCAGCUUCAAGAAAGAGUGCUAUAGCAGCUAAUAAAGGGGUUAUAUCGAAUGCUACCAGUAACUCAAAGGGUGAUUUCAAAAGCAUGGAGAAAAGUAGCAAAACAUAUGGAGCUUCUGGAAAUAUGAAUGCGAGAAAGGCAUUGACUGAUGUUACCAAUGCUCAAGGAAGCUCUACGACAGCUGCUAAGCGUAAUAUCUCCAAAAUUAAGGUUUCAGCAGGUUCAAAAACUAAAACAGUGGGCAUCCCUUUGAGGAAAUCUUUUACGGUUAGAGAAAUAAGAAGUCCUAGUCAUGGUGGAGUUCAAUUAGAUGCUCCCAGUGGAGGUUUAAGGGUUUCUUUAGGUGAUCGGAAGAAUAGUUCAUCAAAUGGAGGUCAACCAGUUGCCACAAAGGAUAGGUUUGCAAGGAAGCCUAUGUUACCUACAACUACAAGCACUUCAAGGAAGUCUCUGCCAGUUACAGGUUUAAGAGCUUCUUUAGGUGAUCAGAAGAAUAGUUCAAAUGGAGGUCAAUCAGUUGCCACAAAGGAUAGGUUUGCAAGGAAACCUAUGUUACCUACAACUACAAGCACUUCAAGGAAGUCUCUGCCAGUUCCAAGGAGGGUAAACAGGGUAGAGAUGAAUAACACAAAGGAAAAUGCUGGAAGUUCUGAAACAGCCAAUGGCCAAAGGGGUCUUCCAAGUAAGCUAACAACAGGAAGAAGAGUUAGUUCCCAACUAACUAAUGCAAGGAGCAAUCUAUGGAAGACUAGAGUUAGUGAUGGCUUUGUUCAAAUGGUUACAAGUAAUGCUUACCAAGUCUCCUCAAGAAAAUCCGUCAAGCCUGUUGUUAAGACCACAGUCAAGGCUUCUACAUCUCAGAGGACUCUCAAAUCUAAAUCCAUAUCAGGCCAGAACAAAUCAAAACCAACUAGUACAAUUGCCUCUAAGGAUGAGGAAAAAGUUACUUCGUCUCUUUCUGAUAACAGUUCAGUGGUCUUUUCCAAUGAUGCAAAUCAAAGACAUCAACCAUCUGAUGGGGAGUGCAGUCUGAAAAUAGAUUUAUCAGAGUUGAUUCCUGAGAAUAAUUUAGUUGUCAUCUCUGAUGACACAAAUCAAAGACAUCAACCAUCUGAUGGGGAGAGCAGUCUGAAAACGGAUUUAUCGGAGUUGAUUCCAAGAAAAAGUUCCAGCCGUCGGAAAUCUUAUACAACUUCAUUAAUGGAAAAAUCUAAGAUUCUCAAGGAAAAUGGUGAAGUUAGGGAGCAGGAUAACCUACCAAGUAUAGACGAUGAAUGUAAUCAUCUAGAAGUUUCUGAAUACAUCGAUGCUAUAUAUCAGUACUAUUGGGUUACUGAGGCACAUAGCCAAGCUCUAUCAAAUUACAUGUCAAUUCAGACAGAGAUUACUCCUCAUAUGCGGGGAGUAUUGGUCAACUGGCUAAUUGAGGUGCACUUCAAAUAUGAUUUGAUGCCCGAAACACUAUAUCUGACAGUGACAUUGUUGGAUCAAUAUCUGUCCCAAGUGCAUAUAAAAACGAGUGAUAUGCAGUUAGUUGGUCUUACAUCACUUUUGUUGGCAUCAAAGUAUGAGGACUUUUGGCAUCCAAGGGUAAAGGAUUUGAUUAGCAUCUCAGCUGAGUCGUAUACAAGAGAUCAAAUGCUUGGAAUGGAAAAGCUUAUUCUUAGAAAAUUGAAGUUCCGUCUUAAUGCUCCCACUCCUUACGUUUUUCUGAUAAGGUUUCUCAAGGCUGCACAAUCAGAUAUGAAGCUUGAACACAUGGCAUUCUUUCUCAUUGACCUAUGCUUAGUUGAAUAUGAAGCUUUAGCGUUCAAGCCUUCAUUACUAUGCGCAUCAGCUCUCUAUGUCGCGCGCUGUACACUGCAAAUAACCCCAUCAUGGACACCGCUACUUCAAAAGCAUGCACGUUAUGAAGUUUCACAGAUCAGGGAUUGUGCUGAUAUGAUACUGAAAUUCCAUAAAGCUGCUGGGAAGGGAAAGUUAACGGUGGCUUAUGAAAAAUAUUCCAGAAAGGAGCUCGGUGGGGUUGCAGCAGUUAAACCGUUGGAUAGACUUCCCCGUUGAUUUGACUUGUACUGGAGAAUUAUACUUCUGUAAUAUAGUGUCAGAUUCUUCUCCUCUUUGAAUGUAGUAACCUCUUCAUUUUUUUGUUCUUGAGGUUUUUAUAGCUGAAAUCCUUUUACCAGGUUGGAUUCUCACACAACCUUAGUUCCAGCUAUAAAAGUUAGGUUUUAUCAAAAACAUAUUGUUUGGUAGGAUACAUGAGGUUAAUACUUUCUUAUAACUUCAAUCAAUUAAAAGAUAAUAUGAACAUCUGUUUUCAUUGUGCACCA